AUGCCGGUCACAGAGUUUGAAACAAAAGAAAAGUACCGUUAUCAAUGCGGCUUCAAUAGUCAUUUUGAAUCAGAGGCAGUGGGAGGGGCCUUACCCAUUGGCCACAACUCUCCCCAGCAACCUCCCUUUGGCCUUUACGCCGAGAAGCUGUCCGGCACGGCUUUCACAGCUCCCAGACACGAUAACAAGCAGACGUGGCUGUAUCGUAUCCUGCCGUCAUGCGCACACCCGCCCUAUCAGCCUUCCCCCGAGGGCAUCGCGCCGGAGCUCGUCAAAUCCGAAAGCUCCAAGAUGCACUACAUUCCUAAUCAGCUGAGAUGGGACCCCUUCAGCCACGACGAGUCCAAGGACCAUGACUUUGUUACGGGUCUUAAACUCGUUGCUGGUGCUGGUGACCCUACGCAGAAACAGGGUCUCGGCAUGUACGUGUACGCCGCGGGCAAGGACAUGGACGAAAAGUCUGCUUUUUACUCCGCCGACGGCGAUCUUUUGAUUGUUCCGCAAGAAGGCGACCUCGAUAUCCGGACCGAGUUUGGAUGGUUGCUCGUGAGACAGAUGGAAAUUGCCGUCAUUCCCCGUGGCGUCAAGUACAACGUUCGUCUUGCCUCGGGUCCAGCUCGCGGCUAUGCUUUGGAGCUAUACCAGGGACAUUUCACCUUGCCUGAACUUGGUCCGAUCGGCUCCAAUGGCCUCGCCAACGCCAGAGACUUCCUGGCCCCCGUUGCCAACUUCACCCAAGACUUUGGCGCGACUGCCCACGAAGGUCCCAACCAGUACCUAGUGACCGUCAAGUUCAACAACACGCUAUUCCAGACGACGCAGGCACACACGCCCUUUGACGUCGUAGCCUGGCAGGGCAACUACUACCCGUACAAAUACGACCUCGGCCGCUUCAACACCAUUGGCACCAUCUCCUUCGACCACCCCGACCCAUCCAUCUUUACGGUUCUCUCCGCGCUAUCCCCCGUUCCUGGAACCGCCAUCGCCGACUUCGUCAUCUUCCCACCGCGCUGGCUCGUCGGUGAGGACACCUUCCGCCCUCCCUGGUACCACCGGAACACGAUGAGCGAGUUCAUGGGCCUCAUCCGCGGCGGAUACGACGCCAAGCGCGGAGGCGCCGGUGGCUUUGUCCCCGGCGGCGCGUCACUGCAUAAUGUCAUGAGUGGCCAUGGCCCGGAUGCGGAGAGCCACGAGGGCGCUCGUGCUGCCAAGCUGGAGCCCGUCAAGGUCGGAGCUGGUAGUUGUGCGUUUAUGUUCGAGAGCUGCCUCAUGGUUGGUGUGACGGAGUGGGGGUUGCGGACGUGCAAGAAGGUCCAGGAGGGUUAUAGCGAGGAGAGCUGGGGUGGUGUUGUGACGCAUUUCAAGUUGCCGGAGGGGGCGGCCAUGAAGAGCCACCUGGCGAAUUGA